GCUGCGAGGUGUAUGCGUUCUGUGGUGCUCUCUUCGGGAUGUGCUCCAUGGUAACGCUGACAGUGAUCGCCCUGGACCGAUACUUCGUCAUCACACGACCUCUGACCUCCAUCGGCGUGCUGUCCCGUAAACGGGCCCUCUGGAUCCUGCUGGGGGCCUGGCUCUACACCCUGUUCUGGAGCCUGCCGCCCUUCUUCGGCUGGAGUGCCUAUGUCCCUGAGGGCCUGAUGACCUCGUGUACGUGGGACUACAUGACGUUCACCCCGUCGGUGCGAGCCUACACCAUGCUGCUCUUCGUCUGCGUCUUCUUCUUGCCGCUCUUCAUCAUCAUGUACUGCUACUACUGCAUCUUCAGAGCCAUCCGCAGCACCAACAG